ACAUCGUUGUACCAAAUCAAAGACCAUGUCUGGGAUGCUUCCGGGAGUUGAAUGUGCUCGAAGGAGACGCUUGCAUAACAGUGCUGGUGAUGAUUCCACCAGCAACCGCUCUUUCUGUUUGUAUACUACCAGGAACCUCCAAUCCUCUUCCUCUUUACUGGAAAGAAGCAUGUUAAAUCGGGCAUACCCAGAUGAAAAUCUCGGAGGAGCGGCACGCGAAGCCAAACGGAGACUUGAUCAGAAGUUCAUGGCACAUAUCAAAUCAGAAAGCCACAAAAGAAAAGGCCUUUUUCAUGGUUUGUGGCGCCAACUCAGAUCUUAGUCUUAGGGAAUCUAGAAGAAGAUCAAAAUGAUAAAUCCUAGAACAGUAACUGGCCUUUUAUUCUUUUUUCUUGUUCUGUAACGAAAUUAUUUAUUUUCAUUAGUCAAAAGAAACAGAGAUAUGUGAAAACUAAACAUCCUUUGAUCUUUUUGUCGAUUGAGGACCAAAUCAAGUUUGAUCCGUCCAAAUGCUUGGAAAAAAAAUGAAUCCUAUUGUCCAUUUUGCAGAUCCUUUUUUUUUUUUUUAAAGUGAAUCAGACUGAAAUUAAAGACAAAAUCUGGUGGUGAUUGAGGAGUUAAGACAGUCUGAUCAAAACACAUUUGUGCAGCAACUGUGAAUACUCCAUUUGAAGGACAUAAUUUCUGCUAUUAGAGGAUCAUAGCAUAUUGGAAUAAAUUUAGUACCUACACCUCUUUUAACUGAAGCAUCAAAAUUUGAUUCGAACCAAUUAGUCUCAGCGGGUUUCCAUAAAACUUGUGUUUGUGCACUAAUUGAACAAAUUGCUGGCAGUAGCAAGCAUCUGCUCCAGUGGGAAUUCUUUAUUGAAGAAAACCUAAUUAUUCUAUCUCUUCCGUAUCACCCAUGUAAAUGUGAAAAUUUUCUCUGCAAACUCUGUAUGUUUCAUUUACAUGGCUAAGACCCUGUGCCUCACUCCAUCACAAGUGUGCUGCCAUAUGAUUCUGUCCGGUAUAGAAUUGCCACCAAUAGGAAUUGUUUUGUUUCAUUGUAGAUUUUGUUAAGCUGAAAUCUUCUUUGAUUUGUACUC